AGAUUCGAAAAUGUCUUCUCUUGCUCGUCUUUCUCGAAAUGUUUUCCAAAGAUCGGCACUUGGAGUUCGCUCCACUACCGCUCCUAUUGCUGCUUCUCAGGGGCAAAACCGUAAAUAUUCGGCGCCAAGUAAGAGGAUAGAUGUAAAGGGACCAGUAGUUGAAUUAGAUGGCGAUGAAAUGACAAGGAUUAUAUGGCAGAUGAUCAAAGAUAAGUUAAUCCUUCCAUACCUGAACUUGAACAUCAAAUACUAUGAUCUGGGUCUAGAACAUCGUGAUGCUACUGGCGACAAAGUUACAAUUGAAUCUGCAGAGGCAAUAAGAAAACACAACGUUGGGAUCAAAUGUGCUACUAUCACACCUGACGAAGCAAGAGUAGCAGAGUUUGGACUCAAAAAGAUGUGGAAGAGCCCAAAUGGUACAAUUCGUAACAUUUUGGGUGGUACUGUAUUCCGAGAACCAAUUAUAUGCAGGACUGUGCCGAAGAUUGUCCCUGGCUGGACAAAGUCCAUCAUAAUUGGACGUCAUGCAUUUGGUGAUCAGUACCGAGCAAGAGACUUUGCAGUCAAUGGUCCAGGAGUGUUUGAAAUUUCUUACACACCUCAAGACGGAAGUGGUAAACUUACUACUGAAGUUUUUGAGUUCACUGGAACUGGUGGUGUCAUGAUGGGAAUGUACAACACAGACGAGGCUAUCCGUGACUUUGCCCACAGCUGCUUCCAGUAUGCUAUCUCAAAGCAGUUUCCACUGUAUAUGAGUACAAAAAACACAAUCUUGAAGAAGUAUGAUGGUCGUUUUAAGGAUAUUUUCCAAGAAAUCUAUGAUAGGGAGUACAAGCCUCAAUUUGAAGCUGCCAAUAUCUGGUACGAGCAUCGUUUGAUUGACGACAUGGUUGCCUAUGCUCUGAAGUCAGAGGGUGGAUUUGUAUGGGCCGCCAAGAACUACGACGGCGAUGUCCAGUCUGAUACUCUUGCACAAGGUUUUGGUUCUCUGGGGUUGAUGACAAGUGUUCUUGUCUGCCCUGACGGAAAGACCAUUGAAUCAGAAGCAGCUCACGGAACAGUGACAAGACACUAUCGCGAGCAUCAGAAGGGUAACACUACCAGCACAAACCCCAUAGCCAGUAUCUACGCAUGGACACAAGGCUUGAGCCAUCGAGCUAAACUGGAUGAUAAUCCAGAACUUAAAAGGUUUUGUAAGGCUGUAGAGCAAGCUUGCGUUGACACUGUUGAUAGAGGGGAGAUGACUAAGGAUCUUGCCGCAUGCAUUCAUGGACUACAAAACGUUAAAAGGGAACAAUACCUCUCCACUGAAGACUACUUUGAAGCUGUAGUUAAAAGACUUCAUGAAAUCCUAGACAAUUAAAUGGAGAUUAUGCAAAAACGACGAGAGUGUUACUGCAAAUAAAACCAAAUAGAAAAUAUCCUACUAACGUUUUAAAAACGCAGUGGGUCUGAUUUUCUGCUAAGUUAUAUUUGAAUAUGUGCGCGUGAAUAUGAUUGAAGUAAAAUAUGUUGCCUUUAAUUGAA